AGGAUUUACUACCUCUCGCUGGAGUUUUACAUGGGGCGGACACUGCAGAACACCAUGAUCAACUUGGGGCUGCAGAACGCCUGCGACGAAGCCAUCUACCAGCUUGGGCUGGAUAUGGAAGAGCUGGAGGAAAUCGAGGAGGAUGCCGGUCUCGGCAACGGCGGUCUCGGCAGGCUUGCAGCCUGCUUCCUCGACUCGAUGGUGGAAGAAGCCGACGACUGGCUCCGACACGGCAACCCCUGGGAGAAAGCCCGUCCCGAGUACAUGCUGCCCGUGCACUUCUACGGCCGGGUUGAGCACACCGCCGCCGGCGUCAAGUGGAUCGACACACAGGUGGUGCUGGCACUGCCCUACGACACUCCCGUGCCUGGGUACAUGAACAACACCGUCAACACCAUGCGCUUGUGGUCAGCUCGAGCACCCAACGACUUCAACCUGCAGGACUUUAACGUUGGAGACUACAUCCAGGCUGUGCUGGACAGAAACCUGGCAGAGAACAUAUCCCGCGUCCUCUACCCCAACGACAACUUCUUCGAGGGGAAGGAGCUGCGGCUGAAGCAGGAGUACUUCGUCGUGGCUGCCACCCUCCAGGACAUCAUACGCCGCUUCAAAGCGUCAAAAUUUGGGAGCACCGACAGCGUCCGGACUGUGUUUGAUUCCUUCCCCGAUCAGGUCGCCAUCCAGCUGAACGACACGCACCCCGCCAUGGCCAUCCCUGAGCUGAUGAGGAUUUUCGUGGACAUCGAGAAGCUGCCGUGGAACAAGGCCUGGGACAUCACCAAAAGGACCUUCGCCUACACCAACCACACGGUGCUUCCCGAAGCCCUGGAGCGCUGGCCGGUGGACUUGGUGGAGAAGCUGCUCCCCAGACACCUGCAAAUCAUCUACGAGAUCAACCAGAGACACCUGGAUCACAUCGCGUCCCUCUUCCCUAACGACGUGGACCGGCUGCGGAGGAUGUCCCUGAUCGAGGAAGGGGGCACCAAGAGAAUCAACAUGGCCCACCUCUGCAUCGUCGGCUCCCACGCCGUCAACGGUGUGGCGAAGAUCCACUCUGAGAUCGUCAAGACCCAAUUUCAGAACAACACCAACGGCAUCGCCCCGCGGCGCUGGCUCCUGCUCUGCAACCCGGGGCUGGCGGAGCUCAUUGCGGAGGUAAUGGGCAAGGG